CUAGCACGUUGUCUGUAUUUUUGUUCGGUACUCAGAUCCGUACGUGUUGUGUUCAUCUGUAGGAGUUGACAAGUCAUUUCGUUGUACUAAAAUUUACCUCUUUUUAAGCAGUUAUCCAUUCGUUUGCAACUGGUAUUUUUACGUCAGCCGUCUAGAGCAGUUUUAGAGCUUAUCCAGCAGUGUUUUGGGGGCUCAAAUAAAAGGGACAUUUUUUGUAUUUUCAGCAUUAUUUAGUCUGAGGUCAUCCCGUUACAGCCUCGGCUGCUCCGUACUUCGUCAUCUCAAUAUCCAGCAGUCUUCUUGCGGUAGUACAGUCACAGUGACUCACAACAUUUCCAGUUCAACUCGGUCCUUUUUCGCGAGCCGAAUUCUUCGCUACUUAUAACACAAACCACGGCGACAUUUUCCGGAUUAGCACAUAAAACUGAAUCUUGGUCAGAGUUGACCCUUUGCUCGUAUGAAUUGUGUGUACCAGUCCACGGAGUUUAGUAGGUCCUCGGACGACUAUUCUGGAUCGGAUCCAACAUCAGGAAGACUACCACCAGGCACAAUGAUGGACGGACCUAGUCAAAUGCAGAAUGGUGUCAUGGCCAAACCCAACAAUAACAACAAUAAUGAAGACAGUAAGACAAAUCUCAUUGUCAACUAUCUGCCACAGCAUAUGUCACAGGAUGAAAUGCGUUCACUCUUCGGAAAAUUUGGAGACAUCGAGUCCUGUAAACUCAUCCGGGACAAAAUCACAGGUCAAAGUUUGGGCUAUGGUUUUGUAAACUACAUGAAGCCAGCGGAUGCUGCUAAGGCCCUCACCAUGCUCAACGGCCUCCGUUUGUCCUCCAAGAUGAUCAAGGUGUCAUAUGCUAGACCAAGCAGUCAAGCCAUUAAAGAUGCUAACCUUUACAUCAGUGGUAUCCCAAAGAGUUACAAACAAGAGGAUCUUGAUAAACUCUUCAGUCCUUACGGCCACAUCAUCACUUCCAGACUUCUCUAUGACCAGGACUCAAACACAUCUGGUCGCUCACGCGGUGUUGGAUUUGUUCGUUAUGAUAAACGUGUGGAAGCAGAAAGAGCCAUCGAAGCUCUUCAUGAUAAAAUUCCAGACGCCGGCACGGACCCCUUGAUUGUAAAAUUCGCCAACAACCCCAGCCAGAACUUCCACAAGGUCCUGCAGCAGGCCUACAUGACAUGUAUGUCGCCACAGCGCCGUGUCGUGCCAAUCGGAUCAGUGGGACCAAUGCGUCAUAUGCCACCAUGCUUCAGGUGGCAACACUUAAGCGACAAGAUGCAAGGACUUCUUGGCAAGAUAUUGCCCAAAAACAGCAUGUAUUCACCCAUGACACUGCCACAUACACAAUGUAACGAUAUGCUCAACUCGAUGAACCUCCAAGCCAUGACCAACAACGGCAACGGCUGGUGUCUAUUUGUCUACAAUCUGCCUGCUGAGAGUGAGGAGUCCCUCUUGUGGCAGCUCUUUGGUCCAUUCGGGGCUGUCAAUAACGUCAAGGUAGUAAGAGAUUUCAACACCAACAAGUGCAAGGGAUUCGGCUUUGUCACUAUGCCCAAGUACGAGGAUGCACACCGCGCCAUUGAAGCCCUCAAUGGGUAUUGCCUCGGUGCGCGCACUUUGCAGGUGUCUUUCAAAAAGGCGAAAAAUGAGUAGGGUUUGAAACUAAGGUAGACUUGUCAUCCGUGGAUCUCAAACAAAAUCACAUGGAUGGUUAAGGGAAACCAAAAAAAAAAAAAAAAAAAAAAAAAGCAAAAAUUUAAUUAACAAAAAAAGAAUGAGAAAUCAGAAAAAAGUCAUUCUGUCUGAAGGAUUUUGAGAGGAGACGACAAAUUGCAAUCACGUUUUGUCUGAGAAAAGUUUUAAGAAGUGGUAAGAGAUUUUAAUGAGGACUUUUUAUUAGCCCCGUUGUUAUUUUGUUGUGGGCCAGAGGUUUUGAACUUUGUUUUAAAAAUGGUGAAAUCUUAAUUGGUUAAUACCCUUAUUUUGACUGAAAAAAUAAAUAACUAUUUAAAAAAAAUUGUUUUUGAAAAGUUUUCAAUUUUGUGGAAAAGACUAAUUUCUGAACGUGUUUAAAGCCUGACUUUUUUUUGGAUUAAAUCAAGUUUAAAUUUAGUUAAGUUUUAUGUUCAUGCCAAUAAAGUAGUUAUAAUGUAUGCAUGCAUACGAUUAUUAAUUUUAGCUCUUUGUAUUAAAAUUGUGUUGAAACUGUAUGGAAUUUAAUUGAAGAAAAAAAAUAAUAAUAUAGAAAAAAAAAACUAUAUUGAAAAGUGAGUUCUAUCAAUUUAUUAGAUGAGAUGAUUUUAAGUAUUAUAAACUUUUUGCUUUCGUGUUUGUGUUUUUGUUGUAGUUUAUAUCAAGUAGUUUUUAACUUUAAAGUGACCAAGAAAACAUACCCAAAUCUCCCAACGGCUUGUCCAAACCAGAUGACACAGCGGCAGCCUGUUGGGUAUUUUGUUCAUUAAUGGUUAUUGGCAUGACCAAACAGAUUAACUCUUUGUUUCAUUUUUAAGUUUGGAUCCUCAUUUAAUGACUUGAGUUCGUAAAAACAAAACGACUGGGGGAAAACACGCCCCUCUCUCCCCUUUUAAGAAAAGACCACAAGGCAGAAAGAUGGAUGAAAAGUGCUGCAAUUUACUGUGCUUCUGGGUUAUAUGAUGUAGUAAGUGCACAUAAAGAUAUUUCUAAAACGUUGACUUUGCAUCACAAUGUUGUGCUGCUUGAUGAGUUGAUUUGUUUUUUAUGUUAACGAUUUUAAUUAGCUCAGUGGAGGCUUAUCAUGCCAUCUAUUUUUAUAGCAUGUGUAAGUAUGACGUUUUGAUGUGUGAAAUGAUUGAUUUAAUCUUGUGGUGGAUAAAUUAAACAGGCAUGCUAGAAGCUUACACUGAGCUAACGUGGAUGUCUUUCCAUGAAGCAAAGGAAACAAAAAGGUGACAAGUCCAUGAUGAAUAUGGGGUCCAUGUGGGACAACAGAAGAAAAGUUAUAAUUGCGUACCAAGCGGAUGUAUUCCAAACAAACCAAGAAUUUAACAUUUUGGUGACAAGAAGAAGACGAGUAUUACAACUAAUAGUAAUAUAAUAAAAAAGAAGCCAAAAUUCAUCACAUCAUAAACAUUUGAAAAAUCAAUGGGAAUUAUUUAUUGCGGCUUAUGAGAUGUUGCCCAGCUUGAAUGUGUUGGGUUUUAAAUAGACCAUUUUGCCAUUAAGCUGCUCCCAUUUAUGCAUGUACCGUAUAUGUAUAUUUCUGGUCACAAAAGUGUAAAUAACAGUAGGUGUCGUGUGAAUAAGCGUCAGCAGUUUGUCAAAAAGCAGGGUUCCUGUUUAAAAACAAGAAAAAAAACAAAAUCAGUUGUAUAUUCCUCCCUCUAUCUAUGUGGCUGCCAAAGUUUAAACCAAAAAAGAAAAACUGUUUAAAAAAAAAUGAGAUAAACGAAGUAAACUUGGUGGCAGCCAAGUAAACAGGGGCUUUAUUUUUGGACUGGUUGAGCAUGCUUGCUUCGGCAUGUGCUUUAGUUUUGUUUUAUUGGAUAGUUUCGUGAUUUUAGUUGAGCUGUUGGGUAAAAAAGCCUCCAAUAUGGGUUUCUUUGGCUAACUUCGUUUUUUGCAUAUUAUUAUUAAAUGUCAGUUUGUAAUUCCGCUUCUAGUGAGUGACAUAAAUACCAGUAAAAUUUGCAGCAAUUCUCUGUGGCAGAAAGGUGCUACAUAUUCAAAAACGUAUUAUAGACUGUUCAACUUCUAAUUACGAUUCUUUGCUUUAAAAAAAAAUGUGUUUAGUGACAAGUGAUUGGUGGUAUGGAAUCUAUUUACUCCAUUAUAACCUUUUUGCAUGAAUUCUAAUCGUUGCUUCUAUUUUAAUGCUUUUUGCUCUAUAUAUAAAAGGAGAAUUUCCUGUAGUAGCUGCAAGUUAUGAAUUUUAUGGAUUCUUGUUCGUAUUUUCUGUACAACUUGUGAUUAAUUUGGGGUUGAUUUUUCUCCCAAUAGCUAUUAAUUGUAUGUUUCAGAGCUUUGGUGCAUAUAGCUUAAUAUUCCUCCAAGUUUUUUUCGUGGGAUCCGUGGCGAUUAUUCCAGUUGAAGCGUAUAACAUGAUUGAUUUGAAAUUAUUAUGAUUAUGAAUUGUUUUGAAUCUGCUUUUGUUGUUUUUUGCGAAAAGGCGUGGGUCACUGAUGCUGGGUGAUUUUUCCGAUGAUUUGAAGCUUUUUGGUUGGCAUUUUCACUGGUGGUUGUUCCGUUAUAUUUAUCAGUUGGGGAGUGCUCCUUGUAUACCAUGCACAGAUUUAAGACCAAAGACUAGUAACUUAAAUUACUGCAAGAGGUGGGAGUUGUGAAAAGCCUUGUGCCUGCUAGGUUCUCCUAAAAACCUCUGAUGUAUGUCAAUGAGAAUAACUCAUUAAAUGGUUCAGCAAACUAGUAAUGUUGGCAUCAAAUGUCACAAAAAGAGGAUAAUUAUAAAAAAUAGAAGUCUGUGAACAUUGGGAAAGGUUAAAUGUGGUGUUAGCAUCGUGCAGUAAGGUCUUCUUCUACUAUUCAGGUAAUAUUGAGAUAACGUUUUUACAUUAUAGAGUACUUGAAACAGUCACUGACUUUAAUAUUUGAAUGCCAAUGUCUAACAUCAUUCUUGACCUUUUCCCAUGGCUCCGAUCUUGUAAAAUGUGUGCUAAUAUCUUCCAGAAAAAAGAUUUAAAACAAAAUUUCUAUAACUCUUUGUAAUGAACCUGUUAAAAAGAAAAACAAAGGGCCUAGCCAUAUAUAAGAAAUCAUUGUUAUUGAAUUAUGUAAACGUGUGUAAUUAAGAAUCAAAGAGAUCAUUUUCCUCAACUCACUAGACCCUUUCAAAGACCGAGAUUCUAGGAUAUGUGGGCUCUAUUUUGUGCUUGCAGUAACUGACUCUGUAUCAAGAUGUGAAUAAGAAACUAUUUUGGAUCCAAAGUGCCCAGAUAUUGUAGAAUGUAAACUAGUUUUCUAUAAAAACCUUUCUUUCUUAUCGAGGGUAGGAAUAAAUGGUACUUAUAACUGAACUAAGUCCAUAUAAAAUGCAGCUUUCUUGAGCAUUUAGACAGCAGGUCUAAAACAUGCACAAGUAUUUUGUACAGAUUAUGUACAUAACAGAGUAUGGAUUUGUACUGUACAAAAAGAGAGAAGGGUUCAAAAAAGUAGAUAGAUGUAGGGACAGCCAGUUUGCUGGAUGGGUCCUGUUUAGGAAAGAGGAACGGGUUGAACUUGGAAUAAAACGAUUUUCAUACCAAAAAUAUAAAAUCAGUUAAAGACUCGUCUAGACUUGGGCAAAGAAUUAAUACUUGCGAAGGAAAGAAUGCACGAAUGGGUUUAUGGUUAGUCUGCCUUCCAAUAGCAACAAAGUUAGAAAGAAUUUUUUUCUUGUCCAAAGUCGAGGAUGAACUGGAACAAUGUGCAAUCAACAAAAAACUAUAUUAAAAAAAAAAGAGAAAGACCAACAAUUCUUGCUGCUUUCCAAAAAUGGAAGACGAGUCGUCUAUGCAAGCAUUUCAUCUCAUGUACUAAUAAAAUAGUCCGCUUUAUAGCCAGCAGCCAUAAACUUAAAAGCUCAAAAAUCUGAGACUCCGAUGGAGUUGCAGCCUUCCAAAAUGUAGAUCCCAUGUAGUGUGCUUUGCUUGUGCUAAGAUUCUUAGAGUACUGGCCAAGCCAGGCUUUAAGAAUGACUAGUUCCUAGAUACCUUGUCUUUGUUGUGUCCUCGUUCUAGAAUCAGUACAGACCUAAAACUGAAACGGGUUUUCUUCCAGCAACAAAAACAAAUUGAAAAAAUAAAAAAGCCUUUUUCCGUCUUCUUCUGGGUUUUCUCUUGUAUAGGGAAACUCAAUCAAACUUGUAUUCCAAUUUUUAAAGAUUAAGAGAAAAAAAAAUAUCAAAGACUGAUUUCUUUGGCUGUUUGUAAAAUCUAAACACCGAGCCUUCUUUGACAUGAUGUUGUGAUAUUUGGACACAAUUACUGACAAUGUAUCACCUGUGCAAUCCUGUGUACCCAGGUAAAACCAUUCCGUGUUUUAACUGGAGUUAUACAGGGUUGAUUUUUUAUACUUAAAAAAAAAUCAACAGCUUGCAAAAUUCCCCAUGUCAGCAGUGUAUACAAGCUUGUUAUGAGCCAAGAAUGGCAGCAAAUAAAGCACUGUUGCAUUUUAAAGAGAAAAAAAAACCUGGCAUUUUUUGGGACAAGAAAGGGAGAAAAUUUACCCUGUUUAAAAAAAAUGUGAGAGAAAAA